GAAGGGUUACGUAUCUGCAGCUCGGUAUCCACUUGCUGCACACCGCAAAUGGAAAAAUCACUCGCUCAGGAGACGAAAUCUGCGUUCUCCGAGGCGCUCAAAAACGAGUUCGGGCGGUCGAAGCAGAAGAUGGGCACCCGAACGAUGAGGUUCGAUGAGUACUUCCAGCGACUCAUCCGUAAGUCCCAGGAAGACUUCAAUGAAAUGUUCCGGAAAACAUACGGAAUCCAGUAUGAGCAGAACACAGACCUCUUCAGAGGCAUGUUUCACCAGCUCGAGACGUUCUACACUCAAGGUGGAAUAGAUCUUGGAGAAAAAAUGGACGACUUUUUCGUUGAGCUCUACCAAAGAAUGUUCCAGGUGUUGAACUCGCAAUACACGAUAACUGGAUCAUAUUUGAGCUGCGUGAAGGGGACGAUGAAGGAAAUUCAACCAUUCAAAGAGGUUCCAGACAAACUGAAUCAACAGAUAACCCGGAGCUUCUAUGCUACGAGGGUCUUCGUUCAGGCUCUAGGAGUCGGCAAAGAUAUCCUUGCAGCACUGCAAGACCACCUGGAACCGUCGAGCGCGUGCGUGCAAGCAAUGUCGAAGAUGCAUGUCUGUCCUCAGUGUAACGGCUUCCCUGAUGUGAAGCCCUGCCCCGCGUACUGUGAAGCGAUUGUGGGGGACUGCCUUCAAGACGUGAGCAAGGUCAACGUACUCUGGACGAAGUUCAUUGAUACGAUGCUCAACCUCGCGUCCCGAAUGGAGAAACAAUUCAACAUCGAAGAGGUUGUCGAACCGAUUGAUCUCAAAAUCUCCGAGGCCAUCAUGAACUUCCAGGAGUCACACGAAGACUCCAUGGAGAAGAUCUACAAGAAGUGCGGACACCCCGAGUUUCGCACGAACAAGCCUUCGAUGUCCAACUCAGGAUUUUCGAGUCAUCGCAGAGAUCGGCGGAGCGCCAUGGGUAACACGUGGGCUUCGAACAGUUCGUCACGAGUUACUCGGAAAAAUUCUGCUGCUGCACCACAUGGAAGACGAAGCGACUCGGGACGAGGCAAGAAGAAAGACAACAACGGGCUGGAGCGACACAUCGAAUCCGCGAAGAAACAGCUCACAGCGAUGAAAUCGUUCUUCACCAACCUCCCGCAGAGAAUCUGCAAUCCUGAGAAGUCAGAGAUGAGCCCCGAUAACGCAGACGCAGAGUGUUGGAACGGGUCCGAGAAGACCCGGGUGGGGAGUGCCAACGUCACCGACGUUCGGCUGAGAGCGUCCAAGCCGGGGAAGGCUCAGAGGAUGCUGAUAAGGCGACAGGUUGCUAUGUUGGAUAUUAUUAUCAAGAAACUACAGCAAGCCUAUGAUGGCAAGUCGGGGGAGUCGUCCGCUCACGACGACGACGGCGGUAGCGAUUCGCAACCUCGCCUCGACGGCAGCGGGGAUUUUGAAGGUAGCGGAAGCAUCAGUUCCGGAGACAAAGAGGCUCCGAUUGAUCCGGACGCUGAAGGAGGCGAUGACGAUGAAGAACGCAUGCCGCCGGCUCAUCUGCCACCCUCAACAUCAACCACGCAAGUUCCGUCGGUACAGGAAGAUCUCUACUUCACGACGCAGCCACCGUCGCCCGCAGUUCCUGCAUCGUCCACUAAAGUACCGAGCUCUUCUGCUAGGCCUGGUGGCAGGAGACGAAAUCGUACUAAAGCAAAGAAACCCAAGCCAGGAACUGUGGCGGAAGCUAGCAGCUCGCAAGGUCUCCGAUGUGUGUCGUUUUGGUUGUCACUGCUGACAAUCUUGGUGGCGCGCUUCACGAUAGAUCCCUUGUAGAUUAUGUAGACAUCGAAUAGUGAACUAUAGAUAGAGAUUUUGAGAAUCGGAGCGUCUUGCGGUUGAUACUAAUUUAUCGUGAAGGGACAAGUGACGACUAAGAGCAGUGGAUGGACGUCAGUAUUGAGUAAGCUUUGUACCUUGUCUUUUGUUUCGUGUCAGGACCAGUUUGUACAUAGUGGGAGAAAGACUCAAGUACCCGUUCCC